AUAGCCGCGAACACGAGUAAACCAGGAGUAAACCAGAGUAAACAUGCCAAAGAGUAAAAAUGCGAGUAAUAAGAAUGGGGAUAAGGGGUCUAUAGCGAGGAUAAAACUGAAGAACUUUCUCACCUACGAUUCAGUGGAGUUUAACCCUGGUGCGCAUCUGAACGUGAUAAUCGGACCGAAUGGCACAGGAAAGUCGAGUAUUGUCUGCGCGAUCUGUCUGGGCCUGGGAGGUAAAACUCAAUACAUGGGCAGAGCGACGGAAGUGGGCGACUUCAUCAAGCACGGAUGCGAUUAUUCUGAGAUAGAGAUUGAACUGUGCAAUACAACGGGACCAAACUAUGUGAUUAAACGUGUGAUCAACCCCAACAACCAGUCAACUUGGAUUCUGAAUGGACAACAGACCACUCACAAAAAUAUUGACGAAGUGACGAAGAAGCUGAACAUCCAAGUGGGAAAUCUGUGUCAGUUUCUUCCCCAAGAGAAAGUAGCAGACUUUGUGAAGAUGACUCAGCAGGAACUUCUAGAGAACACGGAGAAGGCGGUCGGCCCACCAGACAUGUUUGAGAAUCAUCAGAAGUUGAAGGAUUCACGCUCAAAGGCUCGUGACCUGGAACUUUCCUACCGAAAUCUCAACGAAUACCUGAGCAGCGAGCGACAGAAGAACGUGCGGCUAGAGACGGACGUGCAGAGCUUUCACGACCGGCACCGGCACCUCGAGAGAGUGACGCUGCUCACGCAGAAACGCGGCUUCCUGGAGUACGAGCGAUGUCGGCAGCGCUUCACCGAGGCGACGGAGCGGCGUCACUCGCUGAAGAAGCGCUCUCAGGAAGCGGAGGCCGACACGGCACCGCUGCGGCUCAGGCUAGAGGUCGUCACCAACGAGAAGGACUCGCUCGAGACCAAGAUACGAAACAAGACUGUGGAGAUGCGACCUCUAGCGGAGAAAGCGCAGAGGUUUGUGAAGAGCAUCGAGACACUGAACGACAAGGUAAGCGGAGAAACUGUGGAGAUGCGACCUCUAGCGGAGAAAGCGCAGAGGUUUGUGAAGAGCAUCGAGACUCUGACGACAAGUGUGUCUGAUGGCUGA